AUUGAAUUGUCGGUGUUGCACGGACAAUUUCGGCUGUAACACAAUGUGCAGCCUUGGAAACAGUUUGUCUUAAUGACGCUGACGAAGUUAACGUUUAAUAAACAGAGAAACGCGGUUAGAAACGCUUUAAUGCUUUAAUGUAGCUAACAGUUACCAGCCCCCGCUGAGAACAGCCAGCUCAGGAAAGAUAAACGUUUUUCACCUUGGCUUUUGCUCUCAGUCCUGCUGACUGUCCAAAGCUCACAGCUCAGGCAGAAAUGUGGAGCUGCUAACCAAACUCCAGGGAAACAACACAGUCCACUUAACCUUAACUUAUUUGUUGGUGAAAAGCCAGACAGCUUUUCUGUGGACGGGGAAGAAAAUGAGCGGACAUAACAUGCUGUUUUCCAGGUGGAAGUUGUGGAAAUCGGGAGGAAGUAGGUGGAUAAAUCGGCUUCAUGAUGGUAUAAAUAGGCGUGGAAAGGCAUCUUAUUCAUCAGGCACCCCAAAAGUAUGUAUAGUAGGGAGCGGCCCAGCGGGGUUCUACUCGGCACAGCAUCUCAUCAAGGCUCGUCCAGAUGUCGAGGUGGACAUUUAUGAGCGGCUGCCCGUCCCCUUCGGUCUGGUCAGGUUCGGUGUGGCCCCUGAUCAUCCUGAAGUCAAGAACGUCAUCAACACAUUCACACAGACGGCCAAACAUUCACGCUGUAGCUUCUAUGGUAAUGUGAAUGUGGGCAAGGAUGUGAGCGUUGAGGAGCUGAAGCAAGCCUACCAUGCAAUCGUACUGAGUUACGGGGCAGAGGGAAACAGGACUAUGGGAGUACCGGGAGAAGACUUGGCUGGUGUGCACUCUGCCAAAGACUUUGUUGGCUGGUACAACGGACUGCCCAGCUGCCGAGAGCUGAGUCCUGACCUGAGCUGUGAGACAGCAGUCAUUGUAGGACAAGGCAAUGUUGCAUUGGACAUAGCGAGAGUCCUGUUGUCAGAUAUUGACCUUCUGAAGAAAACUGACAUCACCCAGCCGGCCCUGGAAGCUCUAGCAGAGAGUCGCGUCCGCAGGGUGCUAAUUGUUGGAAGGCGCGGGCCCAUACAGAUUGCGUGCACAAUCAAGGAGCUCAGAGAAAUGGUGAACCUGCCAAACACCAGACCUGAGAUGGUGGCGGCUGAUUUUGAGGGUGUCAAAGAGGCUCUUAAAGAUUUACCAAGGCCCAGGAAGCGUCUGACGGAGCUGAUGUUGAAGACAGCCCUGGAGAUCCCAGGAGAGAAGGAGCAGGAGAAGCAAAACAAGGCCUCUCGCAUUUGGGGCCUCCGAUUCUUCCGGAGCCCUGUUGAAAUCUUGGCCGACCCCGACCGCAACAGGACAGCUGGCAUCCGGCUGGCAGUCAACAGGCUGGAGGGAUCGGGUGAUGGAGCCAAGGCAGUGCUGACUGGAGAAGUGGAGGAUGUGAGCUGUGGCAUGGUCAUUAGCAGCAUUGGCUACAAGAGCCUCCCCAUCGAUCCAUCAGUGCCGUUUGACCCAUGCAAAGCCAUUGUCCCGAACAACAUGGGCCGUAUUCAAGAAGCGGCGGGUCUAUAUUGCAGUGGCUGGCUGAAAACAGGCCCCACUGGUGUGAUCGCCACCACAAUGAACAAUAGUUUUGAUACUGCACGAUCCUUGGUGGAGGACAUGGACUCGGGAACACUGGAUGUAUCUGCUGCCAAACCUGGUUCACAAAGCAUCAGUGCUCUGCUGGAACAGAGAGGAGUGAAACCAGUGACUUUCUCAGACUGGGAGAAGAUUGACAGUGUGGAGAUGAGGAGAGGUGAAGCUGCUGGGAAACCCAGAGAAAAACUACUGACUGUGGAGGAAAUGCUGCAGGAGGCUCGAAAAUAACAAAAGAAACUGCUGACAGGUGAGCACUGCACACUGAGUAUCUGCAGCAGUGUAAAAUACCAACAGUUAACCAUACUGACGGGGAUCAAUGACUGACCAAGAUGGGUACAGAAAAGAAAUGACACAAUGGCAUUAUGAAGCACUUAACUGGGACUUUAUUCAUACAUGGUAUAUAAUAAAAGCUAGCAGGUGCAGUAGUUUACCCCCUUUUGUCUCAUUGUUUCAGUCAGUACCUUGUUCCACAGUAUUAAUCUAAAGCACUGAAAGACUGAGCUGUGGCCUCCUGUUGCACUAACCUGAAAUUAACAGAAGUCUAAUGGAUUCCAUUAAUAAUAUUAUGUACUGUAAUAUACUGUUUGUAUGUUAAAGAGUAAAAACUAAGUUGUGCUUUGAUUAUGUUUUUAUACUAUUUGCACUCACACUUCAUAUAAUGAUGUUAACCAUCUUGAAUAUAUUUGAUAUAAAAUAAAAUGUAUCU